AUGUCUACCAUCGAUGAGCAGUUCGAUCAAGCGGCUCUUGACGUCAAGAACCUCAAGGCCAAGCCAACAAACGAUGAGCUGUUAGAGCUUUACGCACUCUUCAAGCAGGCAACGACCGGUGACGUGAACACAACUCGGCCUGGUGCUUUUGAUUUCAAGGAGAAGUACAAGUGGGAUUCAUGGGAGAAGAAGAAGGGCAUGACCCAGGAGGAAGCCAAGGAGGCAUACGUUAAGCUCGUCGAGGAGCUGAAGGCCAAGCAUGGAUUCUAG